AUGAGCCCUUCUGCCGGGAAACCCUCAGAGGAGGUGCCAGUUGAGCUGGGUUCUGAAAGGUUAUGGACCAAAUUCUACACACUGGACCCACGCAUCGCCCCUGGGAAAUACUCCCCGUUGGAGAAAGAGAUCCUACGUCUGGGUGGCGUUCACACCGCAGCGUCCAGAAGGUUCCUGACUUACAAGCAAGAGGAGGAGCGGAAAAUGCUCAGGGAACUGCAGCUGCGGUCCUCAGACUUCAAACAGGUGAUGAAAUAUAAAAAACAGCACCCCUCGACCCAUCCCACCUGCGGGCCCCGGGAGAAAAUCUGGACGGCCAAGGUGACGGUGUCCCCCGAGGAGUUCCGGAUGCCGCGGCGGGAGCGGCUCACCGUGGGCCAGCACGUGGAGCGCAUGCAGUUCGCGCGCGCCCUGAGGAACCACCAGCUGCUCCCCAGAGAAAGGUUCCGGGACCCCCGGGGCUCGUCCGGACGGGGCCUGGGCCCAGCGGCAGGAGGCCGGGGGGAGGACAGAGGGGACUACGGCGACGCCACACGAGAGGAGACAGAGGGCAGGGGCACGAAAAGACAGGAAAUAAAAAUGAACGUAACGUUCAAGUCCAAGGAACCCAAAAAGCGUUUAACCAACCAGCCCAAUGACCUGAAGUCACCCUUCUCCGCGAAGAAGGCCGAGCGGUCCAUCGCCGGCUUAACCAACCGAAGCCUUUUCCACUUGGCCGAGUUCCCGGGGGACCUGAUGCUGAUGAACCAGGACUUGAUCUCUCGCGGCGUCUGCCCCAGGGAUGUGACGGAGGCCGGCCGCCUGGGGGAGGGGGGCGUCUGGAAAGAGCACUCGGGCAAACCUGCCUCCCACCAUUAUUAA